AUGUCCAGUAUAUUUAAGUGUUGUAUGAAAGACAGGGAUUGUGAAAAGAGUUUUGUUAAAUCUGAUACAACUUUAGUUAAAAUGGAAAGUAAUUUUAAUAUAAUAGAAGCAAACUGUAAAUCAGAAACGGAUUUCGGCAAGAUGAUAUUGACAGAACAAAUCAACGGACAUGCGUCGUGCCCCUUCAGUGGUUCGCAGUUGACAUCGGAGAGUCAAAAACAAAUGAAACCAAAUCUUCGGGUAAAAGUUCCUCAUCCAAUAAGACUAAAGAAUCAUCUUGUCGGUGAAGAAAAUUUCGAUGUUCUACACUCACAGAUUGAUGAAAUCAGUAGUUUUAAUACAAAAUGCACGCCGGCUGUCUGUCAAAACAGUAUUAUGGACAUUCCAAACAGAGGCGAUACCCCGAGAACCGCCGAGGAAGUCUUCAAAGAAGCUCAAGCUUUUCUCAACCAAUAUUUUUCUUCAAUACGCAGAGAAAACACAGAAGCCCAUGUAAAAAGACUACAAGAAGUUCAAAGAGAGUUAAAUGAAAAAGGUACUUAUCAACUCAACACUCCCGAGUUGGUAUUCGGAGCUAAGCUAGCGUGGAGGAACGCAUCACGAUGUAUAGGGAGGAUCCAGUGGAAGAAAUUACAGAUAUUCGAUUGUAGAGCUGUAACGACCGCAAGUGGUAUGUUCGAAGCACUUUGUAAUCAUAUCAAGUACGCCACAAAUAAAGGAAACAUAAGGUCGGCGAUAACUAUAUUUCCUCAACGAACAGACGGUAAGCACGACUACAGGAUAUGGAAUCCGCAACUCAUUAACUACGCUGGGUAUACAGAGCCAGAUGGGACGGUAUUGGGCGACCCUGCUAGAGUUGAAUUUACUGAGAUUUGCAUAAAGCUUGGAUGGAAGCCGCCUCGCACGGCGUGGGAUGUUUUACCCAUAGUGGUGUCAGCGGACGGCAAGGAUCCUGAAUACUUUGACAUACCUCGUGAAAUUGUAAUGGAAGUUGAAAUGGAACAUCCAGAAUAUGACUGGUUUAAAGAUUUAGGUCUAAGAUGGUACGCGUUACCGGCUGUGUCCAAUAUGCGGCUAGACUGCGGCGGGCUAGAGUUCACGGGAACCGCCUUCAACGGCUGGUACAUGGGCACUGAGAUCGGCUGCAGGAACCUAUGUGAUUCUAACAGAUUGAAUAUUACUGAGAGUGUUGCAAUUAAAUUGGGACUAGACACAAAUUCUUUUGUCUCGCUAUGGAAAGACAAAGCAUUGGUGGAAGUCAAUAUCGCAGUACUACACAGCUUCCACAGGGAUAACGUGUCCAUAGUGGACCAUCAUUCUGCUUCGGAGCAGUUUAUAAAACAUCUGGAUAAUGAGAAUAAAAGCAGGGGAGGAUGUCCCUCUGACUGGGUGUGGAUAGUUCCGCCGAUGUCAUCGUCCCUCACAUCAGUGUUCCAUCAAGAAAUGGCGUUGUAUUACAUGAGGCCGUCGUACGAUUACCAAGACCCACCAUGGAAAACUCACCAGUGGCACAAAGAAGAAGGCACCCAACCAAAGACUAGAAAAUUCCAUUUCAAACAAAUAGCCCGAGCAGUCAAAUUCACAUCGAAGCUGUUCGGACAAGCGCUCUCCAAACGGAUUAAGGCGACGAUCCUUUACGCGAGUGAGACCGGCAAGUCUGAACAAUACGCUAAAGAGCUGGGCACUAUAUUCGGCCACGCUUUUAAUGCACAGGUACAUUGUAUGUCAGAAUACGACGUGUUCUCGAUAGAACACGAGACUCUCCUGUUGAUUGUGACUUCUACUUUUGGAAAUGGCGAGCCGCCGGCUAAUGGAGAAGGCUUCGCUAAACACCUGUGCCAGAUGCUGUGCAAUGAAAAGAUGAAUAUUGGUGAUCAAACUGACAGUGCUGGUCUCAACAAAGUCCCAACGCCGAAGUCCCUAAUGCGAACCAACAGUGUGAUGGCACCAAGUCUUGAAUACAAGAGACAGCUCUCCCGCAUGGAGUCCAACAAGACAAACGUAAACGACUACAAGAGACAGUUGUCCCGCUUGGAAUCUAAUAAGAGCAGUGUAACAGUAACAUCGUCAGCUGAGAACAUAGGACCAUUGAGCAAUGUAUGCUACGCGGUGUUCGCGCUCGGUUCCAGCGUGUAUCCAAAAUUCUGCCAAUUUGGUAAAACUGUUGACAAAAUUCUGGAAGAUUUGGGAGGAGAAAGACUUUUAGAACUGACUUGUGGAGAUGAAAUGUGCGGUCAGGAACAACAGUUUCGUGUUUGGUCUUCUAGUAUAUUCCACGUUGCUUGUGAAACAUUCUGCUUAGAAGAAAACGAUAUGGUAAAAGAUGCUAAAAAAGCCUUUGGUAAAAUACCGUUAACUGAAGAAACUGUGAAAUUCAGUAGAACAGAGAACAGACGAGACAUGAAGUAUGCGCUGGAACAUAGUUAUAAGAAGCAAUUCAUUUCGUGUAAAAUUAAAGAAAAUAAAUAUUUAGGAGAAUCAACUUCUGACCGGUCUACCAUAUUUGUUGAUAUGGAAUCUGAUUCGGAACUUAAAUACGAGCCCGGCGACCACGUGGGCAUCAUGCCUUGUAAUAGGAAAGAGAUCGUAGACGCUGUGUUGGAUAGAUUGAAGGGUGUAGAUAACUUCGACAAACCAGUACAAUUGAAAGUUAUGAAAGAAACUCUCACACCAACAGGUGCCAUUAAAUCCUGGGAGUCUCACGAGCGGAUACCAGCGCUCUCCGUACGCGAGAUGUACACGCGGUUUCUCGACAUCACGUCGCCGCCGUCCAUCAAAGUGCUGAAGUACCUCGUCUCAGUGUGUGGCGACUCGAGUGAGGCGGACUACUUGAGAGAACUGAUUGAGGACAGCAACAAAUACGACGAGUGGUCGCACCACCGCGCGCCGCACCUGGCGGCGGUGAUGGCGGCGGUGCUGGCGCCGCCGCGGCGCGCGCACGCCGCGUUGCUGGCGGCGCUGCUGCCGCCGCUGCGGCCGCGCUACUACUCCGUUUCGUCGGCGCCGCGCGCGCACGCCCGCCGCCUGCACCUCACCGUCGCCGUCGUGGUGUAUAGGACGCAGAAUGGAGAAGGUCCGACUCACUACGGUGUUUGUUCAACAUAUUUGGAAAGUCUGAAACCUGGGGACGAAGUUUUUGCAUUUAUACGGCGAGCACCAAGCUUCCACAUGCCGCAAGACAUUUCAAUACCUCUCAUUCUAGUAGGACCAGGGUCUGGAAUCGCUCCAUUUAGAGGAUUUUGGCAUCACAGAAGAAGUCAAAUAAGAGAAAAUAGUAAGAAGCCCGGACCUAUCUACUUGUUCUUUGGAUGUCGAUACAAGGGCAUGGAUCUAUAUAAGGAGGAAAAGGAACAGGCGUUAGCGGAAGGUGUCAUUACAAAGUCACUUUUAGCGCUUUCCAGAGAGGAAGGGUCCAACAAGAAACACGUCCAAGCUCUUUUAGAAGACGAAGGUGCGAAUAUAACCCGUCUAUUAAUGAAUGAAGGCGGCCAUUUUUAUGUGUGCGGUGAUUGCAAAAUGGCGGAAGAAGUUCAACAGAAGUUGAAAGAAGUUAUCACACAACAUGGAAAUCUGUCGGAAGAGGAAGUGGAAGAUUUCAUAUUAUAUUUAAUGGACGAGAACAGAUAUCACGAAGACAUAUUCGGCAUAACAUUACGUACUUCGAUAGUGCACAAGGCUUCACGGGAAACGGCGAAAAGGACAAGAUUCGAAUCUGGAUCA